AUGGUCAUCCUGCCCUUGAACACGAGGAUUGAACACGAGGAACUUUCGGAGGGCGCUCGGGAAAGAGUCCGCGAAUUUCGAUCAAAUCUUGAUAUCUCAUCGCUGUUGUUUAAAACGACUUUAGUCGAGGCCUUUUGGAAAUCGGCACCUGGGUCUAAAGAAUUCUACUUAAGACUUGUUGAGCUUCUUGCCGUGAGCUGUCACAGUUUUGCUGUUGACAUCUUCCAGCUUGAUGAAGUCAUUGAGAAACAUAAAAUCUACGAUGUUUGGAGAGAUUUUCCCAGAGAUAUGAACAAAUGGGAUUCAUUCCGGGAUCCAACGGCCUUUACGCAUGGACCUUAUAUUGCCGUUGACCAAUAUCCGAAUGGACCUGCAGAUAGUGUAGGAUACUGGGCUGAAGCUAGAAUAUUCGGUGGCGUCAUUGUAUUUGAUAGAGGCGAGGAUGGUACCGAGAGUCGACAACUAUACUUCCACGGUUGCCGCCGCAAAGGACCACGAACGAUAUACCCUCCGACAGACCGGCAAUUCGAACAAAUGAUUCAGUUCCUUCUGGACGAUAGUGAAAGUCAUGAUAACCCGUUCCCUGUUCUAGCGACACCGCAGAACCGUUGGCGCUGGGAUCCGUGGGAUGCAAUGGCGCAUUACAAUAUCUACCGCGAUAAGUUUGAGCGAAAAGUCAGCCCCAGUAAAGGGAAGCCAUGCGUUCUGAACUCUAUCGACUGGCCCGAAAUCAAGGAUGACCUAUACCUCAUCAACGCGAUGCAUGAGCGGCUGGAGGGGAAGUCCGUGGAUGAAGAGGAGAUCGCUGCGGCUAAAGAGGGGAUAACCAAGAUUACUCCAUCAUCGCCGUUAUGGUCGGACCAAGGACAGCGGACAUACAAGGGAAUCUAGAAGAUGGAUGUGUAUCAAUAAAACUCCCAUGUUACUACGUAUUAAAUAUUACUGGGUGGUUGCUUAUGAAGAUCUGCGUUGGAAGAAAAUCGCGCAUCUGCAAGUGAACAAGCACCAC